UAUAUCCCUAACCCUAAUUUAACCUAUUUUGUUUUGUUGUUUUUUUCUAUGGUUUGUUGUUUAUGUUCGUCGUCCGUCGUUGUUUGUUGUUGUUGUUGUUGUUAUAUGUUGUGUUGUGAAUACGAUGAAUGACAUUUUCACACCAUAACUAACUAUUUACUUACAAUUUACAGGAAAAACGGUUUUGUGUAGCCGGGAACCCAGGGCCGGUUUUAGAGAUUAUGGGGCCUUAAUGAGAGGAUUUUUUUUUACUCUCCUCCCCUUCAUUUAACUGACGAUUAUAUAGGUGUGUGUAGUAACAAAACAACAAUUUUAUAUUAAAAUGGAUGAAAUAACAAAUGUUGAGAACUUCUUUAAAUCCCAUCAAGUUCACCUUUCUCGUGUUUGGUUAGAAAGUUGUAUUGAUUGGUGUAAAGAAAAUUUGCCUCCAAAUUAUACCUUAAAAGACCUGCAGUGCAAUGUGUUCGAACAAUGGUUAAUAUUAGAUUUAAGAGAUGUAGAAGUCGCCUGUCUUCCACCAAACUUAUCAAGUCAAAAAAAAUUCACUUUAAAUGAUAAUUAUACACUACAAUUAAUGCAAGUUGUUGAUAUUUCGAAGCCAAAAUUCUGGCAGUUGCAGAGAAUAAGGAACGGUGUCCCUAAAAAUCUUGAACAAGAGUUGGAAUCGUCAAAACGAGUACUCCAACUUACCUUAACAGAUGGAGUACAAGAAAUUGAAGCAAUAGAAUACAAAACCAUAAAAUGUCUGAAUCUAAAUCUUUCACCUGGAAAAAAAAUAAGACUGAUGGGACCAAUACAAAUACGAAGAGGAAGAGUGAUGUUAGAAGAAAGACAUAUUAAAGUUAUUGGUGGGGAAGUAGAUACAUUGCUUGUAGAAAAUGCUGCUGAAAAUAUUUUAGCCAAAAAUUUAAAUCAACCUUUAAAUCCAAAACCAGAGAGCAUACAAGAAAACAUACAGAUUGAAAAUAAUAGUUCUAAUGAAACAGGUGUUCCUUCAGCAAUACAAAAUCAAAGUAACAUUAUUAUUCACAGAAACCACGAUGUACCACAAAACCAUACUAUCAGUGAUUAUAUUUCAACAAAUAACACAAAUAUUUCAAGAAAUCAAAUGAUAUCUACCUCUACCACGACAGUAACCAAAAAACCACCACCACCACCACCUAUAGACAAUUUUGAUAAUUUUGACGACGAACAAGAAUUUGAACUUCUGAUGGAAGUAGAACAAGAAUUGAAACAAUAUAAUAAAUCAAAUAAUACACAAAGUACCCAAAAAACAGUUACAGAAACUAGAAGUAGAACCCCAGAUAUGUUUGAUGACAUGGAUCUCGUUCUUCAGAGCAUAGAAAUACCUCCGGUUAUAGAUAAUAGGCCAUCUACUAGUAAAAAGCAGUCAGACAUUUCUAAUUUUUUCAACAAACCAAAAGAAAAAUUAAUUACUAAUGCAGAACAACCUAAUGAAGUUAUCAAUAUAUCGGAUAGUUUGGAUCUAGAAUCUUUUGUUUCAGAGGAUAUAUUGAAUGUAAAUAAAACCUUUUUACCGCAUCAACCUGUAAUAUGGCCAGUAGAUAAGCUAUUAAAAACCAUACCAAAUGUUACCAAUGGUAAAUUCAAGAUCAGAGCGAAAUUCAAGUCGGUUAUUGAAAAGAUGAAUAUUGUCAAUGAUAAAUUUAAUUUGGUUGUUAAAGUUGGCGAUGACACUGGUGAUAUAACACUUAAGAUUCACAAUGACGUGGUUGUAGAGUUGAUAGGAAUUUCAGAAGUUGUUUUUAUGGGAUUCAAGGAUGGGUUGUCAAAAAACGAUAGUGGCGUGCAUAGGAGACUUCUAGAGGCAUUGAAAUCACUACAAACUCGACUUAUAGCUCUUGACAAUGUGUUAGAAGUCUUAGUAAAUGUUAAUGAAACAUUUCCUGUACUUGUUAAGAUUUUGUAAACAAUAUCAAAUUUAUAAAUUUUAUUAAAGCUA